AUGCCGUCUCGUAGGUCCCCAGUACGAGAUUCCCAAGUGUCGCGUGAGUUCUGCAGUGGGCUGUACCCGAAAGUGGAGGAUUCGCUGACAUUGGAGGACGUGACUGUGAAGUUCACCCGGGAGGAGUGGCAGCUCCUGGCCCCUGCUCAGAAGGCCCUGUACCGGGACGUGAUGUUGGAGAACUACAGCCACCUGGUGUCCCUGGGGUACCAGCUGAGCAAACCAGAUGCACUGUCCACGUUGGAACGAGGAGAACCACCCUGGACUAUAGAAGAUGGGCUCCACCGUCCUGCUUGUACAGAUGACAUGCUUCUUGACCAUCUGCUGGGGUCUCUGCAGCGUGACAGCGGGGUAAAUACAGAGGAACAGUGCGGGGAAAUUAAUGAAUUUGAAAAUAGUGUUCAUCAGGACCAAAGUCAUUUUGCUGUAAGGCAAGAUCAUAGAAAGUUAGACUUACGUGGUAAAACGGUGAAAUCGAUUUUAACAUUAAUCAGUCAGAGAAGACGAUAUGAAAUAAAGAACGCUGUCCAGUUUAAUAGAAAUGAGGCACUCUUUCCCCAUGCUAACUCUGAGCAGUUUCCUACUGAAUUUAAAUCCCCUGAUUGUCAGAACUUCAACAACACAAAGUCCCGACUUACGAAGCACCAGGAAAGUCUCACGGCAGAGAAAGCGCAUGUGUGUAGUGAAUGUGGGAAAGCCUUCUUCUGGAAGUCUGUGCUCAUGAACCAUCAGAUGCUGCACACAGGAGAGAAACCCCAUCGAUGCAGUCUGUGUGGGAAAGCUUUCUCCAAAAAGUACUUGCUCACGGAGCAUCAGAAAGCGCACACUGUAGAAAAGCCUUAUAAAAGCACAGAAUAUGGCAAAGAGUUUGCCAUGAAAUCCAAGCUCAACGUGCAUCAUAAAAUUCAUAAAGUAGAGAAACCCCAUCGCUGCGGUUUGUGUGGGGAAGCCUUCUCCAGGAAGCACAUGCUAGCUAACCACCAGAAAGCUCACAUGGGAGAAAAACCUUAUGAAUGCCAGGAAUGUGGCAAAGUAUUUGUCACAAAAUCAGGGCUUAAUAUGCACCAGAAAACGCACACAGGAGAGAAGCCCUGUGCAUGCAGUGAGUGUGGAAAAUGCUUCAGCCGCGAGUUAAGUCUUAUUGUCCAUCAGCGAACCCACAAAGUCCAAAAAUACUUUAAAUGCAGUGAAUGUGGGAAAGCCUUCAUCCGAAAGAAAGAACUACUUUUACAUAAAAGCAUUCAUACAGGAGAGAGACCCUAUACUUGCAGUGAAUGUGGGAAAUGCUUCAUCCGCGAGUUGAGUCUCGUUGUUCACCAGCGAGCUCAUCAUACGAGACAGGUGUCCUUCACAGCCACUGACGGACAAAGGCCCUGCGAGUACAGUGACUAUGCAGAUGCCUUCUGUAACAUCCCAGUCUUCAUUAAGCAACAGCGGACUCCUAGCAAAUCGGAACAUCGUUCUGACGGGACUGCCUGA